AUGGAUUGUAAUCUUCAGCUUGGCCUCUUUCAUUCUUCCACUUCUUUCUCUUCAUCUGCUUCGACUAUUUCCAUGGGAUCUAACGAUGGAGAAAUUAUGAAGCAAGAACAGAUGACGAUAUUCUAUAAUGGAAGAAUCUGUGUUUGCGAUGUUACGGAACUUCAGGCAAGAUCUAUAAUAACUCUUGCAAGUAAAUCAAAAACGUCAGAAGUAAAGAGUAGAACUUCAAUAGGAGGAGGCGAUCAUAUCUCACCAACGGUUCAAUGUCAAGAAUUAUACACUCAAAAUGGUCUUUCAAUGAAGAAAUCGUUGCGACAAUUUUUGGAGAAGCGAAAGCAUAGGAUACAAGCCACUUCUCCCUACCAUCGUUAGUUUCAACUUGAAAUCUUAGUUUAAAAACGUUAGGUAUUAGUAGAAGAAUACAGAGAUGUUUUUUUCCCUUUCAGAGGGUUUAUUAUAUUGUCUUGAUUGAUUUUUCAUUUU